AUCUAGUUACUGCAAUGUGACACACCUGCAGAACAAAAUACUUUUCGUAGAAAUAAAAACCUUGCACAGAUGGCGCUGUUAAAUAUGAACCUUUGACCCGUGUUUGUUAUUGUUAACACGGUUUACACUAGUUUACAGUACUUUACAGAGUGUUGAUUAGUUGUUUUAUGUGGCAUCAGUUUUGUGACUGUUUAGGAAAUUAAGUUUUAACAAUGGCUACUGCAUCACUGGAUUUUGGACAGGUUGUCAAAGAACUCAGAACGUCGUUUGCUUCAGGAAAAACAAAGGACAGAAAAUGGCGUGAAUCACAGCUAAAAGGGAUAGUCAGACUUUUUGAAGAAAAUGAAAGCAAAAUCCAAGAAGUUCUGUACAAAGAUUUGCAUAAACAUAAAGCUGAAGGUGCAAUCAUGGAGUCUGUCAUUUGUAUCAAUGACGCCAUUCAUGCCAUCAACAGCCUCUCAGACUGGAUGAAACCAGAGAAAGUGGCUAAAGGUGCCAUCUACAUGAUGGACAGUGCUUACGUACACAAAGAGCCUUUGGGUGUCACCCUGAUCAUUGGCGCUUGGAACUAUCCCAUCCAGCUGACAAUGUUGCCCCUCAUUGGAGCCAUAGCUGCUGGUAACUGUGCUGUCAUUAAACCAUCUGAAAUGGCUGAAGCCUCCGCAAAGUUUAUUGAAGAAUAUUUGCCUAAAUAUGUUGAUAAUGACUGUAUCAGGGUCAUCAAUGGCGCAGUGAAAGAAACAACGGAACUCCUCAAAUUGCGAUUUGAUCACAUUUUCUACACCGGCAACAGCAUGGUGGGGAAGAUUGUCAUGGAGGCGGCAGCUAAAUACCUGACACCUGUCAUCCUGGAGUUGGGGGGAAAAAGCCCAGUGUAUGUGGAUAAAGAUACCAAUUUAGAAGUUGUUGCAAGGAGACUUUGCUGGGGGAAAUUUUGCAAUGCUGGUCAGACUUGCAUUGCCCCAGACUAUGUCAUGUGUCCCAGAGAUAUUCAGGAUGAGUUGAUAAAGAAUGUGAAAUCUUCAAUUGAGGAGUUUUACACGAAAGAUCCCAAGAGUUCUGACAGUUUUGGUCGAAUCAUCAACCAACGCCACUUUCAAAGGUUACAGAAUUUAAAGAAAGGUGGAACAGUAGCAUAUGAGGGAGAAGAUGAUGAGAAGGAAUGUUACAUCUGUCCUACAGUGUUCAAAGAUGUCAAGCUGACUGAUCCCAUCAUGCAAGAGGAGAUUUUUGGACCACUGUUGCCUUUGGUACCUGUUAAAGAUCAUGAUGAAGCCAUUGACAUCAUAAACGGCAGAGAGAAGCCGCUGUCGUUGUAUAUCUUCACCAACAACAAACACAUCAAAGAUGAUUUCCGCCUGAAAACAAGUAGCGGUGCCCUUGUAAUCAAUGAUACAGUUGUCCACGCUGGCUUACCUUCGUUACCAUUUGGUGGUGUAGGGAACAGUGGUAUGGGCUCCUAUCAUGGCAAGUUUUCAUUCGAUGCUUUCAGCCAUAACAAACCAGUUUUAGACAAGUCUCUCGGCAUGGAUCAGGUCAAUGCCCUUCGUUACCCACCAUAUACUGAGAAAAAGCUGGGCUGGAUUAGGUGGAUAAUGCAGAAGAAGGUGAAGAAGACAGGAUUUUUGGGGUUCAUGCCCUUUGUGGCCAUAGGACUUGUCUUCUCAAUGUUUUUUAAGGUCAUUGGAGCCAGCCCCACCGACAUGCUUGAACAAAAGAACAAGUGAAGGGUUUUUUAAAAUUGUUUUUUGAAUGAUUUUCUCUGUGAUGUCAAUUUCAAACUAUUACUUAUUGUGACCAAAAUAUACUUUUUUAUUUACUAUAAAACUCAAUCUAGAGAUGUAAAAUCUUACAUUGCCAUAACAUGACCAAAUGGACUUGAAAGUAAAUUUAAACAAAAUACAACAAAAUUGUCACAUAAAAUGUAUUUUAUGUAUGUAUGAAAAAUGUUUAAAAUUUUGUUACAAUACCAGUACUUUGUUUUUUUUAAAUGCUGUAAUAGUUUUAAAUAAAAAUCAAAUUUCUUUAAUGUAUGCUUAACAGUAAAUAAUUUAAGGCAUUUACAUCAUUUUGUAUUUGAUGCUAUUUCUGUCAGGAAAUCAUGUUUGUUUGUAAUUUUAUACAUUGUUUUUUUUUUACAGGAUUUAAACAAACAAAAAUUAUAACAAGUGCUUUAGAAUUAGAGCAUCAAUUUCUAAAUAGAAAUGAUAAAUUCUUUUUUCAUGGCUAUGAAAUGAUUUUGUCUUUUUGUGAUGCUAUUUCCUAAUUUAAAGAAAAAAGAGAUUAAUAAAAUACAAAUACUUAUUGAAUAUUGAGAUUUGGUUAUAUAAAAAAUGCCCCAGUUUAUUAUAAAAAAAAGCCUCUUUCAUUUUCUUGUAAGCUUUAUAUCUAUUAAUUUCAUUCAAUUAUCAAAAUUGUUGUCUGACAAUUUAUAAUAAAAUUUCAUGUGAAUCUUUUUAAAAAAAUUGCC